AUGAAUCUACGUUCUGUAUUUACUGUAGAACAACAAAGGAUUUUACAGCGUUAUUAUGAAAAUGGAAUGACAAAUCAAAGUAAAAAUUGCUUUCAGCUAAUAUUACAGUGUGCACAGGAGACUAAGCUGGACUUCAGUGUAGUCAGGACGUGGGUCGGCAAUAAGAGAAGAAAAAUGAGCAGUAAAAAUUCUGAAUCAGGAGCAGCAACGACAGGAACUAUUCCUGGUACCUCUUUGGCAGCUCCAGACAUUACAGUAAGAAAUGUGGUUAAUAUUUCUCAACCCUCAAGCCAACAGUCUUCUUGGUCAUCUGCCAAUAAUGAUGUCAUUGUGACUGGAAUAUACAGUCCAGCCAGUUCAUUAAGUAAGCAAGGGACAACCAAAUAUACAAAUACACAAAUUACGGAAGCACAUAAAAUCCCCAUUCAGAAAACGGCCAGUGAAAAUGGUACCGAGUUUCAGCUGCACAUUCCUGUUCAAAGACAAGUAGCACACUGUAAAAAUGCCUCUCUGCUCUUGGGUGAAAAAACGAUUAUUUUGUCAAGACAAACAAGUGUUCUAAAUGCUGGGAACUCAGUGUACACAAAGAAAAACUACGGAAGCUCUUCAGUGCAAGCCUCUGAUAUUAUGGUACCUCAAAAGCCAUCUGUGUGCCACCGACCUUGCAAAAUUGAACCCGUUGGAAUUCAAAGGCCAUAUAAGCCUGAACACACACGUCUAACAUCACAUAACUUAUGUGGGCAAAAGCCACCUAUUAGAGAUCCUUACUGUAGAACACAAAACUUAGAAAUCCGUGAAGUAUUUUCAUUGGCAGUUAGUGAUUACCCCCAGAGAAUUCUGGGAGGAAAUCCUCCACAGAAGCCUAGUUCAGCAGAAGGAACGUGUUUGUCCAUUGCAAUGGAGACUGGAGAUGCUGAUGAUGAGUAUGCCAGAGAGGAGGAGUUAGCAUUGAUGGGAGCACAGAUACCAAGCUACUCAAAAUUUUAUGAAAGUUGCAGUUCCCUUCGAGCUGAGAACCAAAGUACAGCUUUGCCAGGACCAGGAAGAAAUAUGCCAAAUUCACAGAUGGUGAAUAUUAGAGACUUGUCAAACAAUGUACUAUAUCAAAACAGAGACUACCAUUUGACACCACGGACCUCAUUACAUACAGCAUCUACAACAAUUUACAGUAAUACAAAUCCACCACGGAAUAAUUUUUCUUCACAUUUUGCAUCAUCAAACCAAUUGAGGUUAUCACAAAACCAAAACAAUUACCAGAUUUCAGGAAACCUAACUGUGCCUUGGAUUACAGGGUGUUCUAGAAAAAGAGCACUACAAGACCGCACUCAGUUCAGUGACAGAGACUUAGCCACUCUUAAGAAAUACUGGGACAAUGGCAUGACCAGCCUUGGAUCUAUCUGUAGAGAGAAAAUUGAAGCAGUUGCAACUGAAUUAAAUGUUGACUGUGAAAUUGUUCGG